CUUAGAGUGUUCUGGAUUUUGGUUGUUAAGGGAGUUUGUCUGCCUCUCUGGAGAAGGAUGGCUGUGUGGUCCCUGUGGAGUCUGCUUCUCUGGGCAGCAGCAUUUCCUGUUGCAGUUACUGGUGCCCAAGUCCAGGGCCAGGUCGGGGGCUCUGUGCUGCUGAUGGCAGAGCACCACCCUGGCUUCCAAGUUCGAGAGGCCAUCUGGAGAUCUCUCUGGCCUUCAGAGGAGCUCCUGGCCACAUCUUUCCAAGGUUCCCUAGAGACUCUGUACCACUCCCGCUUCCUGGGUCGAACCCAGAUGCACAGCAACCUGAGCCUGGAGCUCCGACCACUGGAGUCUGGAGAUAGCGGCAACUUCUCUGUGUUGCUAGUGGACACUGGAGGUCGAACCUGGACCCAGAUCCUGCAGCUCAAGGUAUAUGAUGCAGUACCCAGGCCUGUGGUACAAGUGUUCAUUGCUGUAUCUGAGGAUGCUCGGCCCCCCAAGACCUGCCAAGCAUUUCUGUCCUGUUGGGUACCCAAUAUCAGUGACAUAACCUAUAGAUGGCAACAGGAGGGGACCAUUGACUUUGAUACCAAGCCACAUGGCCUCUUCAUGGAUGGACAGGUGUUGAUGGUUUCACUGGGACCAGGAGACAAGGGUAUGCCCUAUUCUUGCAUUGUCUCCAACCCUGUCAGCUGGAACUCAACUGUAGUCAACCCCUGGGAGAGCUGCAAUCAUGAGGCAGGGAAAUCCUCCUACAAAGAUGUGCUGCUGGUGGCUGUGCCUGUCUCGCUGCUCCUGAUCCUGGCUGGUCUCCUCUCUGCUUGGCACUGGGGCCCCUGCUCAGGUGGGAGUCCUGCAGGUACUAGAGGAAAAAAGAAGAAGGAUGCCUGUGCUAAUGGAGUGGCUCUGGAGACAGAAAACCCCCUUGUGCCAUGAGGAAGAAGAUAGACUGAUGCCAAGAUCAUGAGGAACUCCACUGCCCAGGCACAUGAUAAUCUGGGAUAUAGUUGGUGUCUUGAAACUACCAUGGUUCUUGUACCUCCUGUGAGACUUUGUCUCACUUUCCAGAAGCAGCCUGGGCAGUUGUUACAUUGGGAAGACAGAAAACACUGGCAUGACCAUCUAUACCCUCCCCUUUCUCUCUCCCCUUGUUGCACAUACUGGCUCUGGUCUGGGAAAGUUGGACCAAAGAGUAUAUUCCCUAAAGGACACUGGGCAGUCUCCUGGACCCACAGGGAUAGUGAUUGUUGAGAGCAUUCAUAUCCUACCACUGUUCAUGAAGUAUUGUCAUGGACUAUUUGUCCCCUCAAAAUUCAUAUGCUGAAGGGGAGACCCUUCUAAUCCCCAAUAUCCCCAAUAUGACUAUUUGGGUAUAGAGACUUUAAAUAGAUAAGUAAGGUUAAAUUAACUCAUUGGAAUGGGGCUUUAAUCCAAUAUGCCUGGUGUCCUUAUAAGAAAAGGACACCAGCCUGGCCUGUGGGCUCAGUUGGUUGGAGCAUCAUCCCAUAAAAACUGAAAGGCUGUGGCUUCAAUUCCUGGUCAGAGCAUAUAUCUUGGUUGUGGGUUUGGUCCUGGCAAGAAAAGGACACCAAAUGUCCUUGGUGACCAGAAAUACACAUACACAUAGAAAAAUAUCAUGGGAGGACAGAGAGAAUGAAGCCAUCUGCAAGUCAAAGAGUGAGGCCUCAGAAGAAACCAAACCAGCUGACACACUGAUCUUGGACUUGCAGCCUCCAGAACUAUGAGAAAAUAAAUGUCUACUGCUUAAGCCACUCAGUCAGUGAUACCUUGCUAUGAUAGCCCUGAAAGAUUACUUAACCAACUAGCACAGAAAGGUUGCCUCCAGCUUGGGUCUCUGGUUUUAAAGACAUUAGACCUCUGAACUAACUGUGAAUCUCUGAAUCAUCCACUUCCAGCCCCAGUCCCAUCCCCUACAUGUAGUUUAAGACUUCGAUGCUUCUUGAAGACCAAAGCAUUAUUAUAAGAAAAGAUCUAGAAAUAGGUGAAGGUGGAAGCCUUUCUAUUUUUGGUCUGAAAGACUUUCAGAUCAUCUGAGUUCAUGACCCUCAGAGAUAAUUUACAGUUAAUUAUAGACAAUCAACGCAUGGUUAAUAUACUGUGGUUGAUAUGGGUGCCAUUUUAUACUUAAUACCUUUUUAUAUAGAAUGGAGGCCAAGGUGUCUGGGUCAAAACAAGAUAGUAAGUUUGUUUUGCUUUGUUUUGUUUUGUUUGAUUCUUACUUUUUUGUUUUAUAUUUUACAUAUGGGUGACAUCAUAUGGCCUUUGUCCUUUUCUGUCUGACUUAUUUCACUCAGUAUAAUAUCCU